AUGUAUGAUCUUUCUGAUAUUCAAAAGCAAAUUGGGAUUGAAACAUUGCAUGAUUGUUGCUGGACCUGUAGUAUUUCCGAACUUUCUAGUUAUUGGCAACAACAAUAUCGUCAACCUGAAAUCUCAUGUAAAUGCAUGUCAUUGUUGCAUUAUAAUAUUCGUCAUUUUUAUUCAAAUCAAGCUGAACUUAUUGAUAUGGUAAAUGUCUUUUCUCCAAAUAUAAUCUCUCUCAACGAACUUGGUACCACCAUUCCGAAGAAAAUAAUCAAUCAACUUCUCUUCUCCUACAAUGUUUAUUUAAAAGAAGGUACGAACUCACAUGGCGAUGUUGUACUCGCAGUUGACAAAAGAUUAUCAUGUCAACAAAUAGAAAUUAAUGAACCGAAUCUAAUUGCUGUUCGAAUUAGAAUAGAUAAUCAACGAUUUGUUGUCGCAAGUAUCUAUUCACCACCGACUGAACAAUUACCUUUGACUACAAUGACAAAGUUAGUAAGUGAAGCGAAGAACGUUAUCAUUGCAGGAGAUCUAAAUGCCAAACAUCCUGACUGGGGCUGUCUGCAGGUGAACACUAAGGGUCGGAAGUUGGCUAAUUGGCUCAUACAGCAUAAUUUAAGUGUACUCAAUAGUGGUAUUAAAUCAUCUCUACGUUCCAACACAACAAUUGAUCUUGUUAUAUCUGGUGAAAUUCCUGAAACUUCUGAAAGCAAAUCUUUAUCUUAUACAGGUAGUGAUCACCUACCUAUACUCACGAAAUUCUUUCGGCUUAAUGUAUUAAUGGACAAACACUUAGUACCUCGAACUUAUUGGAAAAUUUAUUCAUCAAUUCUAACAGUUCUUAUUGAUCAAUUUAAAGACGAACAAGAAAAUUAUUCGAACAGCGCCAACAGCACACACAAUUGGUUUCUAAUACUUGAACAAUUCCUGGCUGCUCUUAAACUUCGAGUAACAAUAUGGAAAGAAGUCAAACGAAAACGACCAUCGAUCUCACCAUCAUUGCAAGUACUUCUCCGACACAAACAUUAUUUACAAAAUCGGUAUCGACAUUCAAGAUUUGAAGAAGAUCGAUUAAGAUUACGAUCUUGGAAUGUAACUGUUAAACGAGAAUUUCAAGCACUUAAACAACGAAGUUGGGAACAAUUUAUAUCAAAUGUUGCCUCUCCAAAUCCAUCAUCAUUCUGGCGAACAGUGAAAAAGUUGAAUAAAAAGAAAUCAGUUGACUUUUCGGCCGUAACAGAAGCAAAUAUAACGCAUAAAUCUCCGGUGGAUAUUGUUAAGUGUCUAAGUCACCACUUUACUGAACGUCAUUCACUUUCAUCAUUGAAUAUGACAAAUACACUUGAUAAAGAAGCUGAUGAACUGUGGAAACUAUUUAGUUCAGCUGAUACAAAUGAUAUUGAAUUAGUACUUACUCAAUCAGAUCUCAAAUUUAAUGAACAAGAUGUAAAAAAUACGAUUCGAUCAUUAAAAAAUAAAAGCUCAUCCGGUUUUGAUCAAUUAUCCAAUAAGAUGAUUAAACUUCUCCCGACACAUUACCACGGUAUGCUUACACAUGCUUACAACGUUUUAUUUCGCUAUGCACAUUGGGGAAAGGAAUGGAAAAUGGCUCGGACAAUAUGUCUCAAUAAAAGCGAUAAUCCUGCACCAACGACAAAUCAAUUACGUCCUAUCUCUAUGUUGCCAACAUUCAGUAAAAUCUAUGAAAGAUUAUUUCUCAUUAGAUUCAACAGCUGGUCAUCUAAAAUGAAUAUCUUACCUCUCCAAUAA